CUUCGCGCCGUAUCGAUAGCGUAAUCAUCUUGUGGGCACGGCAAGGGAGACGAAAGCUUGUUCCUGUGAGUCACGUUCGUGCAACUUAUACUGUGGUUCUCUGCGCUGAACUGAAAGUGACACGACGCAACAAUCGUUUCAUGUGAACGUUCUACGACAUCAGAUCACGUCGAGCUGAAAGCCAGAGUCUAAAGAAGAAACAUGGAGUGGCUUUUCGGUCGCAAGAAGUCGCCCGAGGAGAUGCUUCGGCAAAACCAGCGGGCACUUAAUAAAGCCAUGCGUGACCUGGACAGGGAGCGUGCAAAAAUGGAACAGCAGGAGAAGAAGAUCAUCAUGGACAUCAAGAAGAUGGCCAAGGACAAUCAGAUGGAUGCAGUGAAGAUCAUGGCGCGGGACUUGGUUCGGACACGACGGCAAGUGAAGAAGUUCAUCCUGAUGCGGGCCAACAUCCAGGCGGUCUCACUAAAGAUCCAGACACUCCGCUCACAGAAUGCCAUGGCACAAGCCAUGCGAGGUGUCACGCGUGCCAUGCAGAGCAUGAACAAACAGCUGAACCUACCACAGAUACAGAAAAUAAUGCAGGAGUUUGAGAAGCAGUCUGAAAUAAUGGACAUGAAGGAGGAGAUGAUGAACGAUGCCAUCGACGACGCAAUGGGCGAUGAUGAAGAUGAGGAGGAGAGUGACGCCAUUGUGAACGAAGUCUUGGACGAACUGGGUCUCCAGCUUUCCGAGAAGCUGACGGACCUUCCGGAAGCCGGCGGAUCGCUGAGUGCGGGCGCACAAAAGGGCAAGGCGGCCGCACCUGCCGCAGUCAGCGACGCCGACGCCGAUCUCCAGGCUAGACUCGAAAACUUGCGAAGAGAAUAGACGUCGUACCCGGCUUCGACCAGAGGGGACUGCGCGAAACGUGUCUCUUAAGUCUUGUAUAAAAAAUAUAUU